AACGGUUCGGCUCCAGCCAGAAGAGACGCAGUAACAGCUGUCAGCAGCGGAGUUUUGGGUUUUAAUUCGUCGACACACAGACCAGCGGGACUUUGGAGACAUGCAGCACCUGGUCCGCCUGCUGUUCCUGCUCAGCAGCCUGCAGCUCCYCCGGCUCGCAGACGGCUGCUCGUGCGCUCUGACGCACCCGCAGGACGCCUUCUGCAACUCCGACAUCGUGAUCCGAGCCAAAGUGGUGGGGAAGAAGAUGCUGAGCGACGGGCCUUUUGGAACCAUGAGAUACACAGUGAAGCAGAUGAAGAUGUACAAAGGAUUUGACAAAGUUCAGCACGUGCAGCACAUUUACACGGACGCCUCUGAGAGUCUGUGUGGCGUCAAGUUCGACAUCAACAAGUACCAGUACCUGAUCACAGGUCGCGUGUACGAAGGCAAGGUUUACACAGGACUCUGCAACUUCAACGAGAGGUGGGAGCGGCUGUCGCUGGCCCAGAAGAAAGGAUUCAACCAUCGCUACCAGCUGGGCUGUGGCUGCAGGAUUAAGGCAUGCCACUACCUGCCCUGCUUCGUGACGUCGAAGAACGAGUGCCUGUGGACRGACAUGCUGUCCCACUUCGGCUAUCCUGGCUACCAGUCCCGGCACUACGCCUGCAUCCAGCAGAAGGAGGGCUACUGCAGCUGGUACCGAGGCAUGACCGCCCGCGAUAAGACCACCAUCAACACCACUGACCCCUGAUUCCAAAACCUAAAACCCACGCCCCCACAGUUCCGUCCUCCCUGUCUCUGUCCCAUCCUUGAUCACUUUUAGAGCAUUACAGAACUCUUUAAAAAGGUCACUGACUUUGAAAAUCUCCUUUUAAGAGUAACAAAAUAAGAAAUAUUAUCCAGUGCCUGUCUGUAGCACUUCUGAUUUAAAGAAAACAGCUUUUUGUUGAACAGAUUGCCCUUUAACACCAGUGAUCCACCACUUUACAAUCAGCAACACAAGUCAAACUUUAUGGUCCGUUUCUUUAAAACAGRAUUCAGACAGAAUUAAGUAGGAGACUGUAACUGACCUCUAAUGGGAUCUUUAGUAAUUAUUAUCUAAUGCUACUGCUAUUGAAAGAUAAUUUAACUGUUAUAAUUAACACAUUUAAGUGAUGCAAACCAAUGCUCAGCAACACUGCCAAUCAUCUCGUGAACAAAGAUUUUUGUGCCAAUCUGUCAGGUAUGAUUUGUGAAUUGUACCUUUUUAUAUUAUAUAUUUGGUUUCUAAAAACUUAACCCACUAUGUUCCGACUUCUUACUGUAAGGUGUCUUUAUUGAAUGUUUUUAGUGUGACUUCACCCCCACCCCAUCCAGGACUUGUGCACUGAUUAUUAUCAGAGAAAUGUUCAAAAGCAACACAGUGCCAAUGCAGAGAUAAGCUCAUUUCUUUGCAGAUGUUGAUAUUUAAUUUGUAUUUUGCUGUAUAUAACAUAAGCUACAGAAAUGAACUACCAACUCUGCUCAAAUCUCUACUUAUUUAUGUUUAUUGAAAUACACAGAAACUAUGUGAUUAUAUGUGCAUAAAAGGAAAAAAAGUGUAUAUAUGAUAUAGACCAAUCAACAAAGAGUAUUAAAUAAUCCAAACAAGUAUCUGUUAGUGAAAUAGUAUGGUACUUUUUAGCGUUUUAUUAUAGUUCCCCUGGUUGGUACUAUUCAAACAACCCAACAAUGAUAGCUCAGUAUAAACGGACAUUUCUGGUAUUUAAGUGUAUAUUUAAUCCUUUGUAUUUAACAAUUUUUAAAUGGACAUUACAUACAAGUAAAAGUAACAGUUUCCCCCUAGAUUCAUGGCUUCCCAUUYACAGUUUAUUUCCUGUCAUCGUUGGCUUCCCUUCAGUUCAUUCCAUUACUCGACGCAGAACGGCCUCAAAGAGCGAAACAGCCUCUGCUUUCACUUCAACAACAAAAAACUCACCUCUUAAAUAACAAAAACUCACCUGUGAAAAGUUACAGGAAGCUCAACUCUAGAGCUCAGAAUGAAGCUAAAGUUAGCAUUGUUAGCUUAGAUGACAUUUUGUGGUUCUUGUUAGUGGUGAUGAAACUUUUGGUAAAAAUACGUGAUAUAGCCUGCUUCUAAAUACCUUGUAUUUAACAUGUACUUAGUAGUACACCUGGUAUUCUACCAAAGCAACCCAGUAAGUAUCUGGUAGGAUAUUAGAUAUUCUACUUAGUAUUCUACCAAAUAUAAACCUAUUAAUUACCUGGUAGGAUAGCAGGUAUUCUACCAAAUUCAAACUCAGUAAGUAUCUGAUAAGAUGGUAGGUAUUUGACCAAGUACAAACCUAGUCAGUACCAGUUAGGAUUCUAGAUAUUCUAUCAAGUACAAAUCCAGUAAGUACCUGGUAUGGUACUAGAUGAUAUACCAAGUACAAACCCAAUAAAUAUUGGGUAAGGUACUAGGUAUUCUACCAAGUACAAACUUAGUCAUUACCAGCUAGGAUAGGACCAAGUACAAACACAGUAUGUACCUGGUAUGAUACUAGAUAUUCUACCAAAUACGAACCAAGUACGUACCUGGUAGGAUACUAGGUAUUCUACCAAGUACAAACCUAGUCAGUGCCUGCUAGAAUAUUAGGUAUUCUACCAAGUACAAACAGUAUGUACCUGGUAGGAUAGUAGGUAUUCUACCAAGUACACACCUUGUCAGUACCAGCUAGAAUACUAGGUAUUCUACCAAGUACAAACCCAAUAAGUAUUAGGUGAAUACCAAGUAAUUUACCAGGUAUACUACCCUGUACAGAGUAUCUAGUUAAUGCAUGAUGCAUCCUGGUCCUUGUGUGUACUUGUUAAGUAUGGAGUAUGUACAGGGAAGUACCAGGCUGUAGCAUGUAUUUAUACCAAGUGUUUUGUCAGUUACUAGUUUAAUGUCAAUCAUCGACCUGAAUUUUACAUUUUCUGCACAUUUUAACUCAGUUGUUUCCAUUUCCAAAUUUAAGAAGAAAAGAUGAAAGAAAUCUCGUUUUUAUCAGUGAACAAAAGGUUUUACUUCCAUUUGUGGCCUUUCUGUGUCGUUACUUCUGUGGUUUAUGUUUGUGUAAAUAUACUGUUUCCUUAACAUAUAAAAACUGUUUAGUUUUGAUCUAAAAAAUACAAUCAGGGAAGCUGUGUACAGUCUGUGUGUAAACACUGAGUCCUGAUUUGUGAGGGUAGGGAGUCUUUCUUCGUUGGGGUAGAGAAAUGUUUGACUUUAUUUCUGUGUUUUAUAUUUUUGUAAUAAAGACUUAAUGAAAAACGAA